UCGCAGGACGACACCGGCGGCCGCGCUCAGUAAUGCGCAGGCAGGCGAACGCGCCGCAUCUAAACGAGUCAGCCGCCCCGAGAAGGAGACCGCCGCGUCGACGUUGGAAAAUAUGCACGACGACCACCGCCGCCGCCAGACCAUGCCGUUGGGACGCGUCGCGGAGGGCGUGCGUCGCGUCUGACCGACCCCGCCGUCGGUGUCGCCGCGUGUGUGUGUCCAGUGUUGCUAACAAGUGUCUUUUUCAAUUUUCAACAUGUGCCGUUUCUGUGUGCUACUGUUGUCCCCGUUGCACCCGGUAGAUUGUCGUCGAUAAACUAGUGUUUCGGCCACAAUUUCAACCGCCCCCAACUGUGAUAGAACCGAAAAACUCGAGUGAAAAAAUAGUACAACAAGUGAAAGAGAACAAAAGAAACGUUGUUAUAUUUAGUUUGUUAGUUUUGCCAAGUGCCUUCUAUGUAGAACCAAAGAGAGCUUAGUGUGAUCAUUAUUAAGUACAAUCAAGGACCAAAUCGCGCCACAAGCCUUAUUUAUUGUUCUUAAAAGUUAAAGUCUCCAGUAAACAUAUCUCUUCCUCCGCACCAAAGCACUAAAACUAAAACCAGCCGCGACUGAUACAUCUACAUCCCCUCGAAUACAAUUGUGAUAUGAACUAGGAUCGUGUUGGUCCUUAAUAAUUUGUUUAACGGCGACUGACAGCAUGGUGGUGUUACAAGAGACCGGAUCGCCGAUUCAGGCGCCGGCCGCCCUUUUAGAUCCGCUGGACUACAGACAGACGACCACCUGUCUGAAGAUGCUGCCCAAGAGGUUCAUCAACAUACACCAGUGGCUUGGACCCCUCUGCCCCAAAGAACUGAAAGCACAAAUUAGAACGUCGAGCGUUGGUUGGGUAACGACCAGAUCGAGUAAAAUGGCCCAGAAUGCCCAAGAGAUGCAGAAAUUGUAUCACGCACCGAUCGCCGUUAACUCGACAGCAGUAAAAUGGCAACAGAACGUGGCGACCCACUUUUGCAAAUUCUAUGAAAUUAACGAUAAUCAAAAGUCUUGUACGGAUCGAUUCGGUCAGAACAAUCCCGAAUCAAACUGGCACAAUUUGCCAGUGCUUUUAUGUUAACCGAUUUGAAAUAUGAGUGAGUAAUCUCCGACGCUUAAUCAAUUUGUGAUUUAAUUAUGUCUGUUUCGGAUUUCAAAUUAAUUUACAUUCCGGUUAAUUAAUGACAU